GAGGGGCGUUUGGAUCAGAAAGCUUCGUAUACACAUAAACGGCAUAAACACACAUAGGCACGCGAUCCGCUGUAGAACAAGUUCCAAACUUUUCUACUUCUCUUUAUGAAAAAACGACAUUUAAUUUAAUUAUUUUCGUAAAGGAACCGACUUUAAAUUAGGGGUAAUAUGGAAGAUGAAAUUGAGAUGAGUGGUACAAGUCCUGUUGUUUUUCCUUUUUGGUUUUUAUUUUUUACGUUUUUUCGCGAUAAUUUUGUUAUAGAGGGCAAAGGAAAAGGGAUCAUUGGGUUUGUUUGUUUGUUCGUUCAUUGGUUCUUUUCUCUGGGAUAAAGAAACCCUAGAUUUUGCUCUCGUAUUCGAUUGUUCUGGGUCGUGGCGGCUUCUGGGUUUCUGUCUUCUCUGUUCAAGCUCUGAAAUUCUUACUGGGUUUUCAAUGGGUAUUGGUUCUGAUGGAGAGAAUCAGAUCACGAGCGGUGGUAACGGCAAAAGGAAGAUCGAGAAUGCGAACGACGGUCUGGCCAAGCCCAAGCGGCAGAUGAAGACUCCGUUUCAGCUGGAAACCCUGGAGAAAGUUUAUGCAGUGGAAACGUAUCCGUCUGAGGCUACGAGAGCAGAGCUGUCUGAGAAAUUAGGUUUGUCGGAUCGGCAGCUGCAGAUGUGGUUCUGCCAUAGAAGGUUGAAGGACAAGAAGGAUGUCCCGUCCAAGAAGCAGAGGAAACCCGCUGAGGUUCGACCGCCAGUUAAUGAACUGCCGAUUGAACCGGUUCCUGAGAUGGACUCGGGAUCCGGUUCGGGUUCUGGGCCGGGUUACAGCCCUUAUUCCGAGUCCCGGAAGAAUUUUGCCAGCGUUAGUAGUAGUUUGGAAGACUAUAAUAAGCCAAUGGGAAGAAGAACCUAUGAGCCGAGGAUGUCUAUGGUGGAGCGUAGAGCUAUUGCCUGUGUUGAGGCACAGUUAGGGGAGCCCUUGAGGGAAGAUGGGCCGGUUCUCGGGAUGGAGUUUGAUCCACUACCCCCCGAUGCAUUCGGAACACCUAUAGAGAUGCAGAAGCGCUCGGUUCAUCCAUACGAAAGCAAAAUAUAUGAGCCUCACGAUGCCAGAUCUUCCCGACAAUCUCUGGAUGAUCCGUCGCCCUUUAGACCAGAGGUGUGUGGACGAUAUUCUGACAUCCGUACUCAUGGUAUGGAUUACGACAUCACACCUACUAGAAGUUCAUCAUUUCUGCAUGGGAAUGGACCUUUACCCAUGUCUCAUGGUAUCCAUGGAAAUGCAUCUCGUAAACACUCUGCAUCUCGGCAAGCCAUGCCAAGCCCGUUUACUCCAACAUCUAUUGAUGAUGAUAAUGACCUGCUAGAGAAAGGGACAUUUGACCUGGGGACAGAAGAUCCUUAUAGUGAUGUACGUAGGAAGGGAAAGAUUGAUGAAGUUAGAUUUCCAAGGGAAAGUGAAACCCGAGAUAGUUGUGCACAAAAAGAGCUUGAGAGACUGGAAAUUCAGAGAAGAAGGGUACUUUCCCCCCCACUUAAUGAAGAACGCAUGAGAAAAGAAAUGGAAAGACAUGAGCGCGAGAGGCGUAAAGAAGAAGGGAGGCUAAUACGUGAAAGACUAAGAGAAGAGGAGAGGUCACAGCGUGAACAGAGACGUGAAAUGGAAAGAAGAGAGAAGUUCUUACAGAAAGAAUCUGAAAGGGCGGAGAAAAAGAGGCAAAAAGAAGAGCUUCGACUAGAGAAAGAAGCAAUGAGACGCAAGAUUGCCAUUGAAAAGGCAACUGCACGCAGAAUUGCUAAAGAAUCAAUGGAUCUAAUUGAGGAUGAGCAGCUAGAACUGAUGGAACUGGCUGCUGCCAGCAAAGGAGUGCCCUCAAUAUUACAGCUUAAUCAUGAGACACUGGAAAACCUUGAACUGUUUAGAGAUUCUCUGAGCACAUUUCCUGCGACAUCUGUGCAACUGAAAAGGCCGUCUGCCAUUUCACCAUGGAAGGAUUCUGAAGAAAAUGUUGGGAACCUUCUCAUGGUUUGGAGAUUCCUAAUAUCUUUCACUGAUGUUCUUGGACUAUGGCCUUUUACCCUGGAUGAGUUUGUUCGAGCUUUUCAUGACUAUGAUUCAAGGUUGUUGGGGGAGAUACAUGUUGCUCUACUGAGAUCAAUAAUACGGGAUAUUGAAGGUGUUGCUAGAACACCUUUUGCUGGGUCAGGAGUUAACCAAUAUACUGUAGCCAAUCCUGAAGGUGGACACCCCCAGCUUGUUGAAGGGGCGUAUGCAUGGGGCUUUGAUAUUCGUAGUUGGCAAAAGCAUUUAAAUCCAUUAACAUGGCCUGAAAUAUUGCGGCAAUUGGCACUCUCUGCUGGAUUUGGGCCUAGGCUGAAGAAAAAAGGUUCAAGAUUGAUCUACACAGGAGACAAGGAUGAGGUUAAAGCUUGUGAAGACAUCAUUUCUACUAUCCGUAGUGGUUCAGCAGCUGAAAGUGCUUUUGCAUUAAUGCGAGAGAAAGGUUUGCUGCUUUCACGGAAGUCAAGACAUCGGUUGACUCCUGGGACUGUCAAAUUUGCAGCCUUUCAUGUUCUCUCCCUUGAGGGAAGCAAGGGACUAACUGUAUUAGAACUUGCCGAAAAAAUUCAGAAAUCUGGACUCCGAGACCUGACUACAAGCAAGACACCAGAGGCUUCUAUAUCUGUUGCUUUGACAAGAGAUGUCAAACUUUUUGAAAGGAUAGCUCCUUCAACCUAUUGUGUCCGAGCUCCUUAUAGGAAGGACCCUGCGGAUGCAGAGGCAAUACUCGCUGAAGCUAGGAAGAGGAUACGGGCUUUCGAAAAUGGAUUUACAGGUGUAGAAGAUGCAGAAAAUGUUGUAAGGGAUGAAGACUCUGAAGGCGAUGCCGAUGAGGAUCCCGACAUUGAUGAAAUAACCACUCCUGCAAAUGCAUCAAAAAGUGCAGAUGAUCUGGGCGAAGAAAUUUUUUUAUCUGGAAAUGGGAAAGACGAUAUGAUUUGCAAUGUUAAAGCAGAUCUUAAGAACGGGAUUGAGAAGGAUUUGUCUGCUCUUCCGUCAAGCAUCUUGAACAACAAUAAUGUAGCACAAACCCCUAACGAGCUCUGUACUGCUGGCAAAGACAAUGGGGUUAGCUGCGUGGAUAACAAGAAUGUUGAGGUUGAUGAAAGUAACGAUGACCAGUCAUGGAUUCAAGGUCUUACAGAAGGAGAUUACUGUCAUCUGAGUGUUGAGGAGCGCCUUAAUGCCCUUGUUGCUUUAAUUGGUAUUGCCAAUGAAGGGAAUUCAAUCCGAGCUGUUCUUGAGCAUCGCAUGGAAGCAGCAAAUGCUCUUAAAAAGCAAAUGUGGGCAGAAGCACAGUUAGAUAAGAACUGCAUGAGAGACAUAACUGAAACUACAUAUGAGCAGAAGUCUCUGGAAGUUGUCUCAAAUGAUCAUUCUGAUCUUCACAAAGUCCCUUCUGAAAGAACCUUGGUUACAAGGGAUACCAAUAUGAGUCAAGAAAAUUGUUCUUCUCAAUACGGGUAUGCUUCGAAGAGAUCACGUUCACAAUUGAAAUCAUACAUUGGCCAGAGAGCAGAAGAGAUGUAUGUAUAUCGAUCUUUACCACUUGGACAGGAUAGACGCCGUAAUCGUUACUGGCAGUUUGUGACAUCAUCAUCUAGAAAUGAUCCUUGUUCUGGGCUUAUAUUUGUUGAGCUACAUGAUGGAAAGUGGCGGGUCAUUGACACGGAAGAGGCAUUUGAAGCUCUCGUUACAUCGCUGAAUAUGCAUGGGAUUAGAGAAUCCCAUUUACGAAUAAUGUUGCGGAAGAUAGAGGGAUCGUUCAAAGAGAAUGUUUGUCACAAGUUUCAGCUUUCUAGAAAACAUUGCUUGAAGGAAACCUGUGCCGAGAAUGAAGUUGCUGGUGUGAAUUCCACUCCUGAUUCUUCGGCUGAAUUUGAUGGGUCAAAUACCGAUUCAGUGGAAACUUCAUAUUCUUUCGGAGUUGAGCUCGGGAGAAAUGAGACUGAAAAGAAGAAUUCAUUGGAACGGUACCAAGAUUUUCAGAGAUGGAUGUGGUCAGAAUCUUGCAAUUCAUUACCUUUCUACGCUAGGAAAUAUGGAAAGAAGAGAUGCCAUCUAAUCUUACAAGAUUUGGUGGCUUCUCAUCUUCCUCUCGGGGUUAGAUUGCUCAAGUCACUGCUCGUUUUUCUCGAGGCAUCUGUUCCAGAUGAGGCUCUUGAAUCAUUUUGGACAGAAGAACAAAGGGAGAACUGGGGAGUUGAGCUAAAUGCUUCAUCAUCACCUGAGGAUCUCAUCCAGGUAUUGACACUCUUUGAGAACGCCAUCGAGAAAGAAUACUUGUCGUCUGAUUUCGUGACGGUGAAAGAGCUCUCGGAAGCUUCUGCUGCUGGUGGUGGUUCAGGACUUGCCCCUGUUCUUCCAUGGAUUCCACGGACAAUAUCAGCUGUUGCUUUGAGACUUUCAGAACUUGAUGCAUCCAUUAAGUAUGAUGUAAAGCAGGAGAAACCCGACCUAACCCCCGAGGAUGAAGACGAGCGGAUAAUGCUACAUUCCGGAAACUCUCCGUUUAAAAGCAAAACAAUCGAAUUGGGAGAAGAACGAGAUGAAGAGACAGAGGUUUUCAUGGGCUCGAGUAAUGGUCGUAACAAACGUGGAAGAGGGAGCUUUGGCCAUGGAUCCAUCAGAAAAACGAAGAGCAAGAAAAUGCGAGCCAUCGGUAGCGGGAGAAAAGCGCAAUCGAUUUCCCUUCAGUUGAGCCAUGAGGGGACUGGAAGAGGGAGAAGAACAGUUAGAAGACGACCCGAGAGGAGAAGCUUCGACGAUAACAACUGUCUGGGAAGGAGAGCUGCCGACAUUCUCAGGCCACGAAACGAGGAAGAAGAAGAAGAUGAUGAUGAUGAUGAAGAAGAAGAAGAAGAAGAAGAAGAAGAAGUGGAGGAGUGGAAAGUUGAAACACCAAGCAGAAUGAUGAUGGAAGGUGUUGAGGAAGGUGAUAAUGGAGAUGAUGAAAGUGACAUGAGUAUGGAUGCCGUUGAACCCGUUGAGUACAGUCAGAGAAACUGGGGUUUAGAUGAUGGUGAUGAUGAUGAUGAAGAUGAAGAUGAUGGCGGUGGUGAUGGUGAUGGUGAUGGUGAUGGUGGUGGUGUACCAAACUAUACAGGUAAUGAUUACGGCGUAGAAUCAGAAGAUUACAGCAGCGAUACGUGAACUGAACUCUUUUUUAAGUGCUUAGAGAGGGGGCUUAAUUAGAAAAUGCCUUUUUUCUCUCUCUCAAUUUAUAUAUUCAUUUGUAACAUUUUUAGCAUAAAAUGCGAAUUUAAAUCAUUCUUUAAAUCUC